CCAUUAAUUUUUAAAAUAAAUAAAAAAAAACUCAAUGUACAGGAUGUUUUGCACUUUUAAUCAAAAUUCCACAUUUAUUUUCAUAACCUGUGGUUUGUUCGAUAUUGAAUAUAUAAAGAAUCACAUGCGUGAAAUUGUUGAUUCAGUGUUCUCUAUUAAUAUGUUAACUAAAAAAAUGAAAUGAAUAAAGAAUAACAAAACAAAUAUCAAUUGAGAUCUGCAUUAUAUUUUAUUUUCGAGCCAGAAUUCUUAAGGGUUUUCAACCAGUAUGUUGUCAGCUGUUUAAACCAGUUUCAAAGACAUCGAGGCAAAAAUGUAUGUUUUUUUCGAACUUGAUCCUUUUAAGAUUCGGGACUGAAUAUUCUAAAAGAAAGAAUCUAAAUCAAGAAUGGUUCAUAUUUAGAUUCGAUGAGUUAGUAUGCUAAACAAAAUCCUCAGAAUCUAGAAUUGAUUAUGGGAAAAUCUUUGCAGGAGUUGAAUUAAAAUAUCUUGAGAACAGAACAAACACAAACUAUUGGAAGCUUCUGAACAGAAUCAAGAGAAAGUUUUCAACAGUGUCUAGAGAAAAUCCUGAAUUAAAUCAUGAGCUGAAAAUAUGAUAAAUGUGGUUCCGUAUUCUAUUUUCGAAUUUGGCCCUCGUCUCAUUAUGGCAAAGAUUCACGAUGCUUUAAAACCAAUUCAGUGGCUUAUUGGAACUUGGGAAUCUGUAAGUGCUAAGGGUCACUUCCCAACCAUUAAGGACUUUGUCUAUUCCGAAGUGCUGAAAUUUGAAUCGCUAGGUCAACCACUGUUAAACUAUGAAGCCCGGUCACGUAACCCUGUAACAGAAGCUCCUAUGCAUUUGGAAAGUGGAUUUCUGCGAAUCAAGCCGGGCUCAAAUCAGUUGGCUUUUAUGAUUUCACAUAACUUUGGUCUCACGGUGCUCGAGGAAGGCAUGGCCAAGGAAAACGAACUCGAGCUGGAAUCUAAGACCAUCAGCCGUAUGUCAUUUGCCAAAGAUCCGUCAGUAAAGGCUCUAAAGAAAACUUAUAAGCUCAAUGAAGAUGGUACGUUGGAAAUAAGAACAGAUAUGGAAACAGACAAUACUCCUAUGACCAAUCAUUUGGUGGCCGUCUAUAAGAGAAAGGAUUUGUAAGUUUAUUGAACAAUUUUAAUCACGGCAGAUAGUAAUAGCUGUACCCCUCCGAGUUACUCGUAAUAUACCAUUGUGAAUUGUGAGCAGGAAUGUGGUGGAGAGCAUUGUUGUUUGAAUCCAUGUUAAGAUAUGCUGUUGUCGCUGCUGUUUGAGUCACUGGAGGCGGUGAAUUGUAGGGAGGCAUAUCGUAGCAAUAGUCCAUUGUAUGCGCAGGAGGAGUUGUUGAAUACUGUAGUUCUCUCCGCAAAUGUUGAAUGUACUGAAUAGCAAGUCUGGAAAACAUAUAAAAUAGUGAAUAAUAAAUUAUACUGGCACAGAUAGUAA